AUGCUUUAAGCAGAACAUUCUAACGAGCAAGAACCUCAAGCUGCUGCAAAUGCUCAAUAAUAAAAAAAAGAUAAGCAAAAAAAGAAAAUAUCGGAUAUCUGCAAUAGGCAUAUUUUUUGUACAAACAAUCGUUUAAAGUUUCACAAUUUCAAACAGGAAUUGCAAGAUGCUUCUGAAAAAAUCCUCCUCAUUGUUGAAAAGAAAUAACUGACCAGCUAGAUUAAUCAAUAAUUAUAAGAAUAAUAAAGCAUGUACAAACUCAAGAAGCAUCAAUUCUAUAGAUAAAAACGUAUAAAAAAAGUCAAUCGAGAAAAGUCUUCAAAUAAAUGA